CCAAGUCACAACGAAUCUACUCAUCUGGUAACUCAAGAAUUUCAUCCCCCAAAAAUACGAAUAUAAAAUAGAAAGAAAAAAUGAAAAAUUUGCUAAAAAGAAACAGUCGAAAAGUGAAUGUGAGCAACUGUGGAACGUUAGAUUGUUCCGAAAGGCAGACUGACAAAGAAGUGGAAAUUUAUAAACCCAUUUCAGAAGAUACAGAAAAACUUAAAGAUCAGAAUAAAUUUGCAAGUAUCAAUAAAGUAGAAAAGUGUUCAACAUCGCCACUUGAUAACGUAGUUGUUUUGAAAGAGGAAACCCCUUCAGGCGAUAACAAAAUGGUGCAGGAAGAGAACAAUGUAAAUGAUGGUGCCGAUGAGCAAAUGUUGGGUGCCGAAGAUAACGAAAAAUUGGCUGACAAGCGUGAAGAAGUCAAAUUUAUUAAGGGAGAUCAACAAAAUGGAGAUGCUAAGAUCGAUAUUGGUGUUGUCAAUGGAAAGGAUAAACAAGAGGCUUUUACCGGCAUGACUAAAGAGGAGCUAAUGAAAUAUGCCAAUGAUCCCUUCUGGGUACGUUUGCGUUGGAUAUUCUUUAUAUCAUUCUGGUUGGUUUGGUUGGGAAUGUUGGUUGGUGCGAUCCUAAUUAUUGUUGAUGCACCAAAAUGCGCUGCACCUGAACCACUGCCCUGGUACAAGAGUGGCAUUUUAGCUAAAUUCCCCACUUUUGAGGUGAACAAUGAAAAUGUUGCGGUAGUUAGCCAAAUGAAAGCCAGCGGUGUAAUUUAUGAGUUACCAGCAGAAGAUACUUAUAAUAUACGGGAACCAGAAGUUGAGGAAAAAAUCAAGAACCUCGUUAAUCACUACAAGGAUAGCAAGGUUCAUGUUAUUCUUGAUAUUACAGCCAAUUACGUACCUAAGUCGUCUAGACUAUUGAAACAAGCAUUAGACGAUGAAACUAAGCGUUCGGCAUUUGUAUGGACUGAAAAGGUCGAAGUUCCUAAUAAUUGGUUGUCUUUGGUAAAUGGUUCGGCUUGGGCUGAAGUGAUGCCAGGCAAUUAUGUGCUUUCACAAUUCGGUGAUGGUCUUUACGACUUGCAUAUGAAUGACUCUAUCGUAAAACAUGAAUUGAGUGAUGUGCUUCAACAUGCUAUAGAAUUGGGUGUUGGGGGUAUACGUUUGAAGAAUACCAAAUUCUUUAUAUUAUCGAAGAACUUUAAAAAUGAAAUACCAGCUGUUACUACAAAUUAUGAUCUAACUCAAUAUGGAUUUUGGACUCACAGCCAAACCACAUUCCAGGAAGGUUUGGGAGAUGUUCUCUAUGAAUAUCGUGCCGUGGUUAAGAAUAGUUCGGCUGAUGCCUUCCUUUCGGUGGCUGAUGAUAUCAUACGUCCUCAAAAUUACAAGACCAGCGCAGGAGAGAUGGGUGUCGAUAUUCCAAUCUAUGGACAAUUUGUGAAGAAUUUAGCUGCCCCCAAAGGCAAGAAAUUGAGCAGCGAACUAGCGGGCAUUAUGCAAGACGUUAAUAACAAUUGGGUACAAUGGAAUGUUGCCGAUUUGGGUGAUGAAGCAACUGUCAGUCCAUUUUCCAUUUAUUUGUUCUUAUCUUUGUUGCCUGGCACACCUGUGCUUCCCGUGGGUGAUGAAGUAUACGGUAAUAUUACAAAUAAAGUGUACGACCAAUUCGAACAAUGGCGUUCGUCACCCUCUUACAUGCAUGGCGACUUUGAUAUGUUAUCGGUAGAUCCAUUGGUUGCUUACACCAGACAAAGGAUAAAGUCUGGAAAUCCUGGUUAUUUAGUUGUUUUUAAUCCCACUGAGCUUAAUCAACCUCUUAACUUGGGCAACGCAAGUUUACCAGAAACAAUGAAUGUGAAAUAUUUCAGCAAUGCAUCUAAUGCCACUAAAACUGGCCAGAUUUCAAUUUCUGAUUUCGAAGUUGCUCCAUUGUCAACAGCUGUUUUGUCAUAUGUCCCCGUUAAGUCGGAUUAAGAGCAGAGUGACAUUCAAUAACUUUAUCAUGUUAUAAAGAGUUAUACAAUAAAAGAAUUGCUUAAGAAGAACAUACUCAAAUUAAAUUAAAAAAAAUAUAUGAAUAUUUAAAAAAGUUAUACUACAUAUUAUCGUUUGCUUUAAAUAAAUUGUUCUUAAAAGUUCAUUGCAAAUAUUAAA